AUGUCCCUUGUUAGUUAUGUGUUACACUUGACUUUGUUCAUGUGCGUUUCUCAGCUGUAUUUUGUUGGAUCUGAAGCCGAAUGCAUCAAAGGACAACUAGACAUCCUAUUCUUGUUUGAUUCCUCUUCUACUGUCGGCUCUAUCGACUUCACUCACAGCCUUCAGUUUGCUAGCAACCUGGCAGAGAAUUUCCAAAUCGGCUCAGACGGCGUGCAGUUCGGGGCGGUAUCAUUUUCUGACAGCCCUAGACCUUUGUUCAGUCUGAAUACUUACACGGAUUUUCACGAUAUUGAAAAAGCUAUACUGGAUGCACAGUACUUCUCUGGAAACACAAGAACCUACCUCGCUCUGGAAAAUGCUCACAACUUCCAAACCAACGGUGGCCGAACUAGUGCUCCAAAAGUAGUGGUUUUAUUCACUAAUGGAAGGUCUGAUGAUGCUACCAGAACACAGCAGCAGGCACUGAGCUUAAAAGCCACGGGCGUGUUUGUCGUUGUUGUGGGUUUGUCUAACUCAAACAACCAGGAGCUUCAAGCCAUAGCUUCGAAUUCAUCGACCAUCUUCAGUAUAAACAAUUUCGACGAAGUUGUCAAAUUUCUUCAGGACUAUAUCCGUGAUUCUUGUAGUCAGACAGUAAAAUGUGCGCAUGGUCAGAUAGACAUUCUCUUCCUUAUUGACGCCUCAUCCAACGUUGACGCCCAAGUUUUCAACCAAGAGCUUGGCGUUUCUGCAAACCUAGCUGAAAAUUUCCCUAUCGGCCCAGAAGCCGCCCAGUUCAGCGCCGUUACGUUUGCAGACAAUCCUCAUUAUCUCUUUGAUUUUAACACCUUCACUAACUUUUCCACAUUUGAAGCAGCAAUUCUUCAGGCCCAGUAUCUCUCAGGAAGUCCAAAUACAUUUCUGGCUUUGGAGAACAGCAAAGAUCUCUUCUUUGGAGGCCAUGGUGCUCGAGGAAAUGCUGCUAAGGUGGCGCUGCUUUUCAGCAGCGGUAAGUCAGCAGAUCCGGCCAGGACUCAACAGCAGGCUGCUGUGCUAAAGGGCUAUGGCGUUUUUAUAAUUGCUGUUGCCGUGUCCAAAGUCACUGGUGCAGAACUACCGACAGUGUCUUCAUCCCAUGAAGUCUUCCAGAUCAACGACUUUGAUGGUAUCUUGCAUGCACUGCAAGAUUAUUCAAAGACAGCCUGUAAUCAAG